AUGGCCGCCAACACCACCGGCGCCCAGCACGGCGCAGUGCCUCCAGCCGGCACAGAGAAGGAGUUCCAGACCAGCGCUGGUAUGCAUGAGAACGCCAAUGGCUUCGGCCACAACCACCAUGGUGGCCCAAUCAAUGGCAACGGCCACGAACAUCAGGACCACUACCGAUCGCGCCGUGACAGCUACCACGACUAUCCCACGUCCAUGGCUUUCGGCGGUGCCCUGCAGCCCGGCAUGUGGAAGCCCCUCGAGCACCGCAAAUUCGCCAACCCCGCGCCUCUUGGCCUCUGUGCUUUUGCUCUGACGACGUUUGUCCUGUCUUGCGUCAACCUCCAGGCGCGUGGCGUCAAGGCGCCCAACAUUGCCGUUCCUCUGGCUUUUGCCUAUGGCGGUCUCGUCCAGCUCCUCGCUGGCAUGUGGGAAAUGGCCGUUGGCAACACCUUUGGCGCCACUGCACUCUCGUCUUACGGCGGCUUCUGGAUUGCCUAUGGCAUUCUGCUGACGCCUGCUUGGGGCAUCACCGCCCCCGACGGCCCCUACGCCGCUGAUUUCGCGGACCACUAUUCUGCCCUCGGAUUCUUCCUGACUGGCUGGUUCAUCUUCACAACGGUUCUCCUGCUGUGUACUCUCAAGUCCACCGUCGCCUUCUUCUCCUUGUUCUUCACUCUGGACAUUGCUUUCCUCUUCUUGGCGUGCGAGAACUACGCGUUGAACGCUGGCAACGAGACGACUGCUCGCCACCUGCAGAUUGUCGGUGGUACAUUUGGCAUGCUGGCUGCGUUCUUGGCGUGGUACAAUGCACUAGCAGGUCUGCAAGAUGACGGCAACAGCUUCUUCCGCGUACCAGUCAUUCACAUGCCGUGGUCGGAGAAGGGCAAGGAGAUUCGCCGCACCAAGAGCGGACGCACCAUGGAUUAA